AGCUGUAGGCUUGUAGCAUGUCAAUCAACAAAACGUCGCCAAGGUUUUGGUACAUCAAUUUCGUCCGACACACUAAUCUUCAACGUCUCUACCAUCCAUUCAAACUCCCCACUACACAAACCACUUCUCGUGCCACCUUAUCAGAUUCAAAAACCAUUACCAACGUUGUUCUUUGCUCACAAAGCCUCACAGAACCCCCCACAUGCUACACCAAGCUCUUAUCACAAUGUGUUGCUUCCAAGUCCGUAACUUUAGGCAUGGAACUACAUGCCCACUUGAUCAAGUUUGGAUUUUCCCGCGAACCAAGCCUCAGGAACCACUUGGUAACUCUGUAUUCCAAGUGUUGUCGUUUUGGGUAUGCUCGCAAAUUGGUUGAUGAAAGUUCUGAGCCAGAUUUGGUUUCAUGGUCUUCUUUGAUAUCUGGGUAUGUGCAAAAUGGGUUUGUGGAAGAGUCACUUUUGGCGUUUAAUGAGAUGUGCAUGUUGGGUGUUAAGUGCAAUGAGUUUACUUUUCCCAGUGUGCUGAAGGCAUGUUCAAUGAAGAGGGAUUUGAACAUGGGGAGGAAGGUUCAUGGGAUGGCUGUGGUCACAGGGUUUGAAUCUGAUGGCUUUGUCGCUAACACUUUGGUUGUUAUGUAUGCCAAGUGUGGGCAGCUAGACGAUUCUAGGAGGUUGUUUGGUGGCAUUGCGGCGCGAAAUGUUGUUUCGUGGAAUGCCUUAUUCUCUUGUUAUGUGCAAAGGGAGUUGUGUCGCAAGGCUGUGGAUUUGUUUAAGGAAAUGGUGAUCAGUGGAAUUAUGCCUAAUGAGUUCAGCAUUUCUAUCAUAUUGAGUGCCUGCUCAUGGUUGAGGGAUGGCGGUCUUGGAAGGAUGGUUCAUGGGCUUUUGCUAAAGUUGGGGCUUGAUUUGGAUCAGUUUUCUGCGAAUGCGUUGGUUGACAUGUAUUCUAAAGCAGGGGAAAUUGAUGAUGCAGUGGCUGUUUUUCAGGAAAUUGUGCACCCUGAUGUUGUUUCUUGGAAUGCAAUUAUUGCUGGUUGUGUUCUUCAUGAGUGUAAUGAUUGGGCUUUGAUGCUGUUGGAUGAGAUGAAGAGCUCAGGAACUCAUCCCAAUAUGUUUACGUUAUCUAGUGCUUUAAAGGCCUGUUCUGCAAUGGGAUUCAAGGAUUUGGGUAGACAGUUACAUUCUAAUUUGAUAAAGAUAGAUACUGAUUUAGAUUUGUUUGCUGCUGUUGGACUAAUAGAUAUGUAUUCCAAGUGUGAAAUGAUGGAUGAUGCAAGGAGAGCUUUUGAUUUGAUGCAAAAGAAGGACAUUAUUGUGUGGAAUGCUUUGAUCUCUGGUUAUUCUCAGUUUGGUGAUGAUUCAGAAGCAGUCUCACUUUUUUCUAAAAUGUACAAUGAAGAUGUAGAUUUCAACCAAACUACUUUGUCAAUGGUUCUCAAGUCUGUGGCCAGCUUGCAAGCAAUUAAGGUCUGUAAGAAGAUUCAUACAAUUUCCAUCAAAUCUGGAAUUUAUUCGGAUUUCUAUGUCAUAAACAGUCUUCUUGACACAUAUGGAAAAUGUAAGCAUAUAGAUGAAGCUUCAAAAAUAUUUGAAGAGCGCACUUGGGAAGAUUUGGUGGCUUACACAUCCAUGAUAACCGCAUAUUCCCAAUAUGGGGAUGGGGAGGAGGCUUUAAAGCUAUAUUUACAAAUGCAAGAUGCAGAUAUCAAACCAGAUCCAUUUGUCUGCAGUUCUCUUUUAAAUGCUUGUGCAAAUUUGUCUGCUUAUGAGCAAGGGAAACAAUUACACGUCCUUGCCAUCAAGUUUGGACUUAUGUCUGAUAUUUUUGCCAGCAGUUCUCUGGUGAACAUGUAUGCAAAGUGUGGAAGCAUAGAGGAUGCAGAUCAUGCCUUUUCUGAGAUGCCUAAUAGAGGACUAGUCUCAUGGUCUGCAAUCAUUGGAGGAUAUGCUCAGCAUGGCCAUGGUAAAGAGGCUCUUCAAUUGUUCAAUCAAAUGCUUAGAGAUGGUUUGCAACCCAACCAUAUUACCUUAGUUAGUGUUCUUUGUGCAUGUAAUCAUGCUGGUUUGGUAAAUGAGGGAAGACAAUAUUUUGAAACAAUGGAGGAAUUGUUUGGGAUUAAACCCACACAAGAGCAUUAUGCUUGCAUGAUUGAUCUCCUGGGACGAUCUGGGAAAUUAAAUGAAGCAGUGGAGCUUGUAAAUUCAAUGCCAUUUGAAGCUGAUGGCUCAGUUUGGGGGGCACUUCUUGGAGCUGCAAGGAUCCAUAAAAAUAUAGAACUUGGUCAGAAAGCUGCAAAGAUGCUUUUUGCUCUUGAGCCAGAGAAAUCUGGUACCCAUGUUCUCCUUGCAAACAUCUAUGCCUCAGCAGGGAUGUGGGAUAAUGUUGCUAACGUUAGAAAGCUUAUGAAAGAUAGCAAGGUGAAAAAGGAGCCUGCAAUGAGUUGGAUUGAAGUGAAAGACAAGGUAUACACCUUCAUUGUUGGAGAUAGAAGUCAUUCUAGAAGUGAUGAAAUAUAUCUUAAAUUGGAUCACUUGGGUGACCUUCUAAGUAAAGCUGGAUAUAAUCCCAUCCUAGAGAUUGAUAUACAUAAUGUGAAUGAAAGUGAAAAGGGGCAGCUCUUAUAUCACCAUAGUGAGAAACUUGCUGUGGCCUUCGGAUUAAUUGCUACACCACCUGGAGUCCCAAUAAGGGUGAAGAAGAAUCUACGAAUUUGUAUUGACUGCCACACCUUUUUCAAAUUUGUAUGUAAAAUUGUUUCAAGGGAAAUUAUUGUCAGAGAUAUUAAUAGAUUCCACCAUUUUAAAGAUGGAUCGUGUUCCUGCGGCGAUUAUUGGUAAUAUCAUCAAGAUGGCUCAUGCUUUCUGUUCCACAAGAUACAUUGAUAUUUUAUCUUUACUACUGUAGUUGAUAGAAACUGAUAUCUUUAUGAAGAAAUACAAGAAGAAACUUCCAGCAUUGCAGAAUAAAACACACACUUAACAGUUCUUCGAGGAACUUCACCUCUUUGCCUCUCACAAUUGACAAGCUGACCUCUCUCUCUUCCUCCCUGUAGGAGAUAAAGCCCAGCCCAAAAUUGGGAAGUUUCACUUGUAAUUCUAUUAUCAAUUGUUAUGUAGUCUAAAUAGCUACAUUUGUAUCUCUCUUA